AUGACAGAAGACGUUACAACUUUGCUCCAUCCUCAGCCGCGAAGGCACUACGACCUCACUCCCACCUCCACCAAUUCCUCUCCUUCCUCUCCAACGACGCCCUCUCGAGAUUAUUCCCGGCAGACCAGUGAUUCCUCUCGGAUGGAGGCGGAAUCAAUGCAGAGGGAGAUAUCUAACAAUCGAAACCGGUCCAUUCUCAACCUCACCUCCUCCACUCUUUUCGGUAUAUACACACCUUCCGGCCCCGGUUUCGAGACAAGUCGUGAUCAACCAUGGGGAAAUGGUAGCCAGACACCUCGGCAUAGCAUCGACGACCAAAAACCACCGGUUAUUGGUGCCUACAAGCGUCCGCAACCACGAAGAUCACAUUCUCAUCAACCCCAUCAGAGCUUCUUGGAAUACAUUCUACCUUUAGGCUUACGGACAAUCUUGCUUUUCUCUUUCGGCGUGGCGUACGGAGUCAUAGUAUCACAUCUACACGACCAUCAGCAGGUGGCACCUGUGCAGCUGGAAGGUAUUGAGCAAUCAUCAUGGGCAUACUUGAUGGCUUGGGGCGUUGUCGGCGUUCUCCUCGGCGGACUGCUGCCGUGGAUCGAUGUAUUCUGGGAAGAGGUCUUGGGGAGGGACAAGGAAGUCUUUGCUUCGGAAGCACAAGAUUCGAGGCCUGCAGAUGUUAGUGAAGAUCAGGACCCGAGACCUGGGUCGAAGUCGGGGAGUGGCUUGGGGGCGGACUGGAAUCCUGUUGUUAGGAGCGUAGGGGCCUUCAUUGGAAUUGCGUUUGCAAUUCGCAGGCUCCCCUGGCAGUCGACAUCACAGGUAUCUCUCACCUUAGCACUCGUCAAUCCCGUACUUUGGUACCUGGUCGACCGUUCGAAACCUGGCUUCCUUCUCUCCAUGCUUGUCGGCCUUGCGGGGACAGCCAUUGCUUUUGGAGUCAACCCGGAGAUAGUACCCUCACCAGCGGCUUCAUCACCACGAGCAGGUGUAAUGAACACGACUCACGAUAGCGCGGCUUAUGACGGUCUCAUCAGUAACGAGAGCAUUGGUGUUGGGAUUUGGAUUGCGAGCGUGCUCUUUUGCAGUAGUGUAUGUUUUGGGAAUAUUGGGAGGAGAUUGGCUGGUAGUAGGAGACCAAGUGUCUCGACAUAG